AUGUAUAGGGUUGAGGACAGUGAGAGGCACAUACACCUGUAUAAGGUUGAGGACAGUGAGAGGCACAUACACCUGUAUAAGGUUGAGGACAGUAAGAGGCACAUACACCUGUAUAAGGUUGAGGACAGUGAGAGGCACAUACACCUGUAUAAGGUUGAGGACAGUGAGAGGCACAUACACCUGAAUAAGGUUGAGGACAGUGAGAGGCACAUACACCUGUAUAAGGAUAAGGACAGUGAGAGGCACAUACACCUGUAUAAGGUUGAGGACAGUGAGAGGCAGGCACACCUGUAUAGGGUUGAGGACAGUGAGAGGCACAUACACCUGUAUAAGGUUGAGGACAGUGAGAGGCACAUACACCUGUAUAAGGUUGAGGACAGUGAGAGGCACAUACACCUGUAUAAGGUUGAGGACAGUGAGAGGCACAUACACCUGUAUAAGGUUGAGGACAGUGAGAGGCACAUACACCUGUAUAGGGUUGAGGACAGUGAGAGGCACAUACACCUGUAUAAGGUUGAGGACAGUGAGAGGCACAUACACCUGUAUAAGGUUGAGGACAGUGAGAGGCACAUACACCUGUAUAAGGUUGAGGACAGUGAGAGGCACAUACACCUGUAUAGGGUUGAGGACAGUGAGAGGCACAUACACCUGUAUAAGGUUGAGGACAGUGAGAGGCACAUACACCUGUAUAAGGUUGAGGACAGUGAGAGGCACAUACACCUGUAUAAGGUUGAGGACAGUGAGAGGCACAUACACCUGUAUAAGGAUAAGGACAGUGAGAGGCACAUACACCUGUAUAAGGUUGAGGACAGUGAGAGGCACAUACACCUGUAUAAGGUUGAGAACAGUGAGAGGCACAUACACAUGUAUAAGGUUGAGGACAGUGAGAGGCACAUACACCUGUAUAGGGUUGAGGACAGUGAGAGGCACAUACACCUGUAUAAGGUUGAGGACAGUGAGAGGCACAUACACCUGUAUAAGGUUGAGGACAGUGAGAGGCACAUACACCUGUAUAAGGUUGAGAACAGUGAGAGGCACAUACACCUGUAUAAGGUUGAGGACAGUGAGAGGCACAUACACCUGUAUAAGGUUGAGGACAGUGAGAGGCACAUACACCUGUAUAAGGUUGAGAACAGUGAGAGGCACUUACACAUGUAUAGGGUUGAGGACAGUGAGAGGCACAUACACCAGUAUAGGGUUGAGGACAGUGAGAGGCACAUACACCUGUAUAAGGUUGAGGACAGUGAGAGGCACAUACACCUGUAUAAGGUUGAGGACAGUGAGAGGCACAUACACCUGUAUAAGGUUGAGGACAGUGAGAGGCACAUACACCUGUAUAAGGUUGAGGACAGUGAGAGGCACAUACACCAGUAUAAGGUUGAGGACAGUGAGAGGCACAUACACCUGUAUAAGGUUGAGGACAGUGGGAGGCACAUACACCUGUAUAAGGUUGAGGACAGUGAGAGGCACAUACACCUGUAUAAGGUUGAGGACAGUGAGAGGCACAUACACCUGUAUAAGGUUGAAGACA